UCAGUUGUCCGGUCGGGGUCCUCCUCACCUGUAGAGAGUCUACAUAGACGCAGAACGUGGUUUCGGUCGCGGUGUAGAAAAUUCCGCGAAUCUCGAACGGCGUGUGUGCUGCUGCUGUCACCCCGCAGUGUGUUGUACCUUUUAAUUUGGAAAAUAGGUCAAGAAAACUGAUCUAGUGAGCGGUGGGUGAACGCAUGCCGGUGGAAAAUUGUGCACGCCGCUGUUGUAAUAUCGAUUCCAACGGUGGAGCUAUCGGCCGCCACAACAGAAGACAAUCCGACAAGCCGUUGAUAUUGGCACCGGGGAGUGUGCACAGUGUGGUAGUGAAAGGAGAGAAAAACCAGCGUGCAGUGUCAAUUGGUUGGACUGUUUGGAUUAGGGUCUGUCUGACUUAAUUCCAGAGGCUGCUGAGCUGUAGCACUGGGUGCAGAGAACUACCGUCUAUACUUUCCCGUACGAGCGGCCGUGGCAGCGUUGCAGCAUAAUACAUAGUAACUACGGAUUGAAGAAACUCGCCAAAAUUACCCAACAACAUGGAGCGAGGACUUCAUGAUCGAGACCGGGUAGGACUUCAGGAUCAGGUCCUACUCGAAGACUACCAGAGCGAAGACGCUUUUAUCGACAAUCUGAAGAAGCGCUUUCAGGAAAAUUUGAUUUACACCUACAUUGGCCACGUAUUGAUAUCCGUCAAUCCGUACAAGGAAUUGCCCAUCUACACGGAGGAGGAUGUCAAAGAGUACCGGAAGCGACACUUUUUCGAAGCUCCACCGCAUGUGUUCGCACUGAGUGACAACGCGUACCGUUCACUGACCGAGGAAAACCGGGGCCAGUGCAUCCUCAUCUCGGGCGAGAGCGGUUCGGGCAAGACGGAAGCAUCGAAGAAGGUACUGCAGUUCAUUGCCGCCGCUACCGGGCACACCAAUCGGGUCGAAGGCGUCAAGGACAAGCUGCUGCAGAGUAAUCCGGUGCUGGAAGCGUUUGGCAAUGCCAAAACCAACCGGAAUGACAAUUCGUCCCGAUUCGGGAAGUACAUGGAUGUGCAGUUCGACUUUACCGGGGCGCCCGAAGGCGGUAACAUUUUGAACUACCUGCUGGAGAAGAGUAGGGUGGUUCAUCAGAGCGGUGGCGAGCGUAAUUUCCACAUUUUCUACCAGCUGCUGGCCGGAGCGGAUGAUAAACAGUUGCAGGACUUGCAUUUGAAGCGGAAUUUGGAUACGUACUAUUACUUGACGGAUGGGGCAAAUGGAAAUGAUUCGAAUAUCAAAGACGCUGACCAUUUCCGGCAAGUGCAGAAGGCAAUGACCGUGAUUGAAAUUCCGGUUGAAGAACAAAACCUGAUUUUGGAAAUUGUGGCCAGUGUUUUGCACAUGGGUAACGUGGGUUUUACCGAGGAAGAAGGAAAAGCCAAGAUUUUGAAACCCGAAUCCGUAACUGCUAUCGCUAAGCUUCUCGGUUGUGAAGUGGAACAGUUGCGAAACGCAUUCACCAAUCGAACGAUUGAAGCUCGGGACGACGUCGUCACCAGUCCACUCAAUCGAGACAUGGCAAUCUAUGCUCGGGACGCUUUAGCAAAAGCGGUCUAUGACCGACUGUUCAGCUGGUUGGUGUCUCGGAUAAAUACUUCCCUACAUUCGGAGUACAUUGUCAAAAAGAACAGCGUCAUGGGCAUUUUGGACAUCUACGGAUUUGAAAUUUUCAAGAAAAAUAGUUUCGAACAGUUUUGCAUCAAUUUCUGUAACGAGAAACUACAGCAGUUGUUCAUUGAAUUGACCUUAAAGCAGGAACAGGAAGAAUAUCUGAGGGAGGGCAUUGAGUGGGAGCCGGUUGAAUACUUUGACAACAAAGUCAUUUGUAAUCUGAUAGAAGAAAAGCACAAGGGCAUUAUAGCACUGAUGGAUGAAGAAUGUCUCCGUCCAGGAGAUCCGACUGACAUGAGCUUCUUGGUGAAAAUGAACAACAAUUUGGGUGAUCAUGCUCAUUACAUUUGCCAUAGCAGGGCGUCUACUACCGUUCAGAAAACGCUGGGACGAGACGAAUUCCGACUGGUUCACUAUGCCGGUGAUGUAACGUACAACGUUCAUGGUUUCUUGGACAAAAACAACGAUUUGCUUUUCAGAGACUUAAAGGAAGCCAUGUCCGGCUGCAAGAACAACAUCAUCAAGACCUGUUUCCCAUCGUCGGAAAUAUCGAACAAGAAACGACCUGAUACGGCUGUGACGCAGUUCAAGAAUUCACUAAACAACUUGAUGGACAUCCUGAUGUGUAAAGAACCGUCCUACAUUCGAUGCAUCAAGCCAAACGACUAUCAAACUCACGGUAGAUUCGAUGUUGAGUUGAUCCGUCAUCAAGUUAAGUAUCUUGGAUUGAUGGAGAAUCUGAGAGUUCGUCGAGCCGGAUUCGCUUACCGACGAACCUACGAACUGUUCCUCCAGCGGUACAAAUGCCUUAGCAAGCAAACCUGGCCGCACUACCAUGGACCGGCGAAGGAAGGCGUCCAGAUAUUGGCAUGUGAACUAGGCUUCGAUCGCGACGACUAUCGAAUGGGAAAAACAAAAAUCUUCAUUCGUUUGCCGAAGACUUUGUUCGACACCGAAGAUGCAUUCCAGGCAAAGAAACACUAUUUGGCAUCCAUCAUUCAGGCCCGCUGGAAGGGUCGUCGUCAGAGACAGAUUUAUCUAGCAACCUACGCUAAGAUUAUUGUCUGCCAAAAGUACAUCCGCCGGUUCCUGGCAAUUCAAGAACGCAAACGUCGCCGAAUCGCAGCCGAUAAAAUACGAUUCUUCAUCAAGGGAUUCAUCACUCGGCACGAAGAACCUAACGAGUGCAAUAAAUCAUUUAUCGAGCACACCAAGCGGCACUGGUUGAACAAGCUGUCCAAGAAAUUGCCCACUUCCUUCAUGAACCACACCUGGGGACCGGCACCGAAGCACUGUCAGGACGCCUCUACCAUUCUACGACGGCUCCACAAAUUGCAUCUGGCACGAAUCUAUCGCUUGAGCCUCUCACCGGAGAAGAAAAAACAAUUCGAGCUGAAGCUUUUGUCCCAAUCCAUGUUCAAGGGCAAGAAGAAGAACUAUCCGGAAAGUGUCGGACCAUGGUUCGUGGACGAUCGGAUAUCGAAGAUGCACGCGACACCGAUCAGCAACUUUGUGGUGACACAGAUGGCAAAUGAGAAACUGCACUAUUCCACUCCGGUAAUCAAGUACGAUCGACACGGUUACAAACCGCGCGAUCGAUUCUUCCUGCUCUCGGACAAAGCCGUCUACCUGCUGGACGGUAAGACCUACAAGCAGAAGCACCGCCUUCCGCUGGACAAGAUCGAUUUUUGUAUUACCAGCGAACGGGACGGCAUUAUGCUGAUACGGAUUCCGCUGGAGCUCAAAAAAGACAAGGGCGAUUUGAUUCUGGACGUGCCGGACAUCAUCGAGUGCUGCAUCUGGAUUUUAGAUGUGGCCGGAAAUCGAAACAUCGUCAACAUCGUCGAGACGGGAUCCCUUUCGCACAAUCUAGUCAGAGGUAAGACCGGUGUGAUUGAGAUCCAGACUGGACCACAGCCCAGCAUUACGAAGGCAAAAAGUGGAAAUCUAUUGGUUAUUGCUGGCCAAUAACCGCCCUGCAUGCUGAUUGGACAUCAACAAAAAAUCGAUCGUUGUGGCUUAAGGAAAGCACACCAUUUGAGUGCACACACAGUUCAAUCUAGUAACUAAGUUACCUGGUAAGCCACACGAUUUUCAAUCUGCAAUUCAACUAAAGCUGUAGGUACACAUCGGCCAACACAACUGACUUUUGGUCUCGUUUUUUAA